AUGCUUCGCAGAGCGUCUUGCUGCCUGCAGAGAAGCGCUACUCGGUUCUACGUCGGUCAAGCCGGCCCUGCCCGCCCUGCCAACGACGCUCUCGCUGCCGCCGCCCCUACUGCUCCCGGCGCGACCGCUCGCUCGUCCAGAUGCAUUUGCCAGCCUUCAGGACCGCAAUCUGAUGCCCGCGUCGGCUAUCAGGGCGGGCUCGAUCCUGCCCGCGCUGCGUCGCUGUCGCCGCGGGGGUCCCUCGGGCAGCGAUUUGGACAUGCGCUUCUCCCACGACUUUCCCUGCGGCCGCCGCACGGCCGCCACCGUCCUUGCCGGUCGAUUUCGUCGAUCUCAUCACCGCGAAGCACCGAAGCCGCCGACGAUCUCUCCAACUCCUUCUUCUCUUCGGUGAGGCCGGAAGGCGCUGCCUCCAGCAACGGCAGACACCAGCGGGACUCCUCAUUCUCCACGCUUACCCACGGCCAGGCUCAACGCCAGCAUCGGCACGUCGAUCCUACCCGCCGCUUCGUGCCCGAGGUCAUCGACCCCUCGCCGACCUACCUCGGCACCGAGUACGACGGCCUCUGCCGGGCGCUGCGCGAUCGGGACCUCGAGCUCAGCCUCGACGCCUUCGACCGCCUGCGCAACUCUUCGUCGACUGCGGUUCGGAUCCCGCGCGACAUCGUCAUCCCGCUCUCGACCCUGAUCGCACAGCAGCCCGGCAUCAGUGGGCCCCUGGACUUUGACGAUGCUUGUGCCAGGCUGCUGGACACGACCGCGGCGGCGCAGGCCCAGCACUCGUACGACCUCGACGACUUUGCGCAGCGGACGCUCUUCCGCUCACAGGCCGACUGCCUCUUCCGUCUGCUCCAUUUCCUGCUCAUCAAGGCCGAGCGCGCGGUCGCCUCCGACGAGGCAAUUUCCCCGCGGACCAGGCGAGGGUUGCUCAAGAGCCUGAGGGAAGGCGUCGGCCGCCUCGACGACCAUCUUUCCGGCCAGAUGGAAGGCCAGGUCGACGCUUCGGAUGCGGCGCUGACGACGCAACAGCUGGAGGCCGAGAUCGAGCUCCGCGAGCGACUCGCGCUGUGCGCCGUCCGCCUGGGCAACGCUCGCAUAGCAGCCGCCCAGCUCACCACGCUGGCGAAGCGUGCGCAGUCGUCGGAACACCCCGCCUACCUCGACUCGGCGACGUUUGAAGAGGUCCUGCAGGCCAGCGCUCAGCUGGUGUCGGCGGGCGUGCACCGGGCCAAGGCGUACCUGCCCUCGCCCGUCGACGACCGAGCUGCCGUACCGGUCAAGGAAGACGUCGUGCCGCUGCUCGAGGCCCUACGCGCCACGCUGGCCGCCGACGUGGCCCCGUCCAAGCUCGUCCUGCACCAAGCGCUCGACGUGCUGGAUUCCCCAACGCUGCGCUACCUUUUGCCGUUCGGACCCGCCGACGCGGCCUCGACCAGCCCCUCGCCGUUGACAUCGGCGUCGGUCGCGGCGACCCAGGCUGCGGAGCGAUUCGUGCCUCGGUGGCAUCCAUGGGACAACGACGCCGACGGCCCGGCCCUUCCCUCUGAACUGGUCAACUCGUUCGCAGACAUGGUCGCGCUCGUUCUCGUCGAGCGCAAGGACAUCGCACCGGCGCUCCACAUCAUCGAGACUCGCGCAUCGCCAUCGUCGCCGUCUUCGCCGUCUUCGCCGUCGUCGUCGUCGUCGUCGUCCGCCCUCGGCCAGGAUCGUGAUGCCUCUGACGAUCAAUCGACGGCGUCGAUCGCCGAUCCCCUGGCGGACGCGCCCGACCAGGAUCUGUUCGUCACGACGGCCAGUGUGCUCUCCAAGCGCAUCCAAGAGAUUGGUGGCCCCGACGCGGAGCUGGAUCGAAGCACGUACCGCGCCGUCGUCAACGACGUCCGCGUCGUGAUGCGCGUCUACUCGUCGGCGUGCCGCGCCGACAUCGAUCGCGACGCCUUUGCUGCGAUCCACGUCGAGGUCAUCCGGGCGCUCUCGGUGUUGAUGCGGAUCGGCCUGGUGCGCAUCGGCAAUUCGGAGGCCGACGGGCGGCGGCGCGACCAUACCCGCGCUCACCUUGCCGACAAGAACGAGCGGGCCGGGUCUCGCGACCUGCUGCGGAGCUAUCUACGCCGCCUCACCACGGCCAUCCUCUCGCGCGAUCCGACGCUGCGCGGUGGCAGCCUCGACCUGGGCUCCCACGCCUCGCUCCUCGGAAUGCACAUGAAGGUGCGCGACUACAGUUUCUCGAAGCGCCUCUACCAGCUCUUCCGGGUGCGCGAUCCGAUGCGCGACCUGUGGUCCCGCGGCCGGGGCUCAGGUUCGCUGCCCGAGCUCGCGCUCGACGGCAUCUCGGCGCCGGAUCGCUCCAGCUUUGGCUGGUUCUUUAUCGAAUCGCUCGGCGCCUCGCCGCGGCCGCACUUUGCCACUCGCCUCUACCUCGACUGGGUGGGCAGCGGCAACAAUCUGAGCUCCAACCUCGUCGGCCUGUACGUCGAGGCGCUGCUCAGAGCCGGCCUCAACGCCGUCGCCGAACGCCUGCUGCGCGACCUCCACGAACAGCGCGCCGUGAUCCCGGCGUUCCUUGCGCGCCUCUUCGUCGACAAGUUUGCCGAGGCCGGGUAUCCGGAGCAGGCCGUCGAAAUGGCUCUGGCCCUUACGAAAGCGUGGAAGGAACAGCUCGAGCCCCGGCCCUCGGGUGCGGAAGGCUCGGCCGAGGUGCCGCUGCUGGCGCCGUCCAACGACGCGCUGGUGCCUGUUCUCGAGAUCUACAGCAUCGCGCUGGACAAGGCAAGCCGAGCACGCUUCGGAUGGACGCCGGAGCGAAGGGCGAGCCUUUUCAAGCUCUUUGACGAGUUCCGGCUGGGCCUGGGUCAUUUUUUCAGACACGGUCGCAGCGCCCAGCCAUCGCAGUCGUCCGGUACCGGCAGCGGCAGCGGCAGCGCCGACGCUCCGGACGUCAUCUCGAUCCGCUACGUCCGCGAUGCGUACAACGCCGCGAUCCGGGUCCACCUCGAGCAUCACGGCGACGUGCUCGACUCGUCGGACCCGUUCGAGGCGCUGCCCAUCCACCUCGACCACGCGCGCAGGAUCGAGAGCCAGACUACGGCGCUCGACGUGGCGCGGCAGCAGAUCCGCCGGCUGGCCGACGAGAUGAAGGAGAUGGGCGUCGAGUUUGACAGCUGGACGUGGGGGAUGCUGGUGCUGGCCGAGCUCGCCACCAUCGACGGGCGGCGUUCGGGCAAGGCGCAGCUGCUGCGGGCCGUGCGGCUGUUUGAGCAGAGCACGACGGCCAGCUACCUCGCCGACGGCGCCCUGCGAGUCGACGCCGCCGACGCAACAAUCUCGAGCACGAGCACGAGCAGCGCGCCCGGCGCAGGUGCAUCGACCGCCGCCGCCGACGAAGAGGCGGUGGCACGGCUGCCCUACUUCCCCACACGCAAGCGUCAAGUGGCGGCGGUGCGCAAGGACGUGCUCGUGCGGUCCGAGGUGGCGGGCCGGCUGAUUGUCUGGCUGGCGCGCGAGGGGCAGUUAACGCUGGCGCACAGCGUCUACCGGAUCUGGAAAGGGCGGCAGGCUGCGCUGUCUAGCAAAAAGGUGUGGGACUGGGGCGUCGAGGGCGCGCGGAUCUUUCUCCUGGCCGCCGAGGGGCGAGGCGGUGACGGCGACGAGUGGAAGCGCGAGCUUGCCAAGCUCGUCGAGAGGGGCUACUCGCCCAAGCCUCACUUUGUCAGGCGGCUCGACGCCCUCGACCAGGCCCGCCGCAGUGCAAAGGACCGGCAGCCGUAG